CCCUGUUGACAUGUCACCAUGGAAACGGCUCAACCCUGAGAUUUGCUCUGCUGUCUGUUUUUUCGGUCUUAGCAAGCUAAGGCGUCAUAUCUACACUUAACUAACGCUACGCAGUAAUAUGUAAAUUAGCUGAUGGUCGUCUGAGUUUAUUUUCAAAGAAAGAAGAUGUCAGAUAUUUUGUGCAGGUGGCUGAACCAGGAGGUCCGGUUGUCAAAAGUUGUUGAGCCAAAGACCUUUGCCAAGGACUUCUCCAGUGGUUACCUGAUUGGGGAGGUGCUGCAUAAAUAUCAGUUACAGAAGGAUUUCAGUAUGUUCAUGAAGAAAGAUACCUCCAUCUCAAGGCUAAACAAUUUUACCCGCAUUGAGCCUACUCUUCGGUUACUGGGGAUCAACUUUGACAUAAACACAGCCCAGGAAGUGAUGCAGGAGAAGCAGGGUGUUGCCACACGCCUCCUUUACCAACUCUACAUUUCACUUGAAAAAAAGAAGAAAGCUGAACUCACCGGGACAAUGCUGGAAAUCAUGCAGCCUGUAGCAAGUGCAGGCCUUAACAAAAAAGUGCAUGACAUCUUCUCUGAUCAACUGCAUCGGGUGGUGAAACGUGACACAGAGGUGAAGCUGCAGAAAAUUUCUCAGUACUAUGAGAAGAAAUUCCAGGUACAGUACAACAGGUCAGCCAUGACCCAUCCCAUCCAGCAUAAGAGACAACUCAGAGUCCAGGAUGAAAAGAGAAUGAAGCAUUUUGAAAAGCUGCGUGUGUCUUAUGAGAAGGACAGUGACAUCAUGCCUGGUACCUGGGCCACAAUGGUCCAGGUACCCAAGCCACCUCCACACACUUUACGGCUCAACCUAAAGAAGAGACUACAGCAGCAGCAGCAGCGCAGACACCAUCAAGCACAGUUUCUGUCCAUUUUGUCAAUUCAGAAGGUCCAGACUGAAAUAGCCCAGUUUGAGACAAACAAGAAGAAACUUGUUACUGCUGGUUUUCCUUCCUCCUUAAGUGGUCAGCCCUUGCCUGGAGAUUUGCCCCUUGUUUGCAGCAGCGAGGACUUUGAGGUCACUGGAAGUGGAACUCAGCUGACAUUACAGUCCAACAGCAAGUAUAUACAGGAAAUCCGGCAGAGGCUUGAUGAGAAUGCUGUUGCUCGCAAACAGAGAGAGAAAAGACGAGACAGAUUCCUGGUAGAGCAGCUCAAGGCUCAUGAAGCUCAAGAGGAAGCUCGACGAGAGGAGCAGCUGGUGAAGCGUCUGACACGUCAGACUCAGCAGGAGCAGCGUUUAGUAGCUCAGCUCCUGCAGAUACGCAUGCAAAAGGAGGUCAUCAGGGAGAACCGCCUGUUCAGGGAGCAGCAGUACCAGCAGAGGAGAGAGAAGGACUUCCAGGAAGCUCUGGAGAGGGAGGUGGCUCUGGCUCAGCAGGCUAAGUUGGACUGUGCUGAAGAGAUCAGAAAGGAGCUUGAAUCCUUUAACAGGAUUGCUGCUGAGCGAGCUCAGCGCAGAUACCAGAAGCACUUUAAGAGCUGCAAGGACAUUUUGGAGCAGAUAGUGGACUUGGCCACCAAAGUUGGAGAAUAUCGACUGAUCACUGGGAAUCUGAUUCCAGAGAAGCUGAUGAAAGAGUGGAAGGAAUUGCUGUUCCGUGGUCUGCCUCUCUAUGAGCCUGUAAAGGGCCAGCAGCCCGGGUUUGAGUUCUCUACCCCACUAGAUCCCGUAGACCUUAAGAAGCAGGAGAUUCUCAACAACCAGGACUAUGAUGAGUACUCUAAUAUGGUAGGUGAGUGGACAUGGCCAGAGGAAGCAGGGGCCACCAAAUCACCCCCAACCAACAACAACAUUCUUGGACAUGUUGUCCAGCGACUGAGGAACAUUGUUCUUCCACCCAUCAUAGAACCCUCUUCACCUUCAUUUCCUCACUUUAACUUGAAGGCCUGUGUCCUGGGCAAGUUUUGCUCUGGCAAGACCACCUGCCUGACCAAGAUUGCUGAAGCCCAUAGCAUCUAUGUCUUAUCAGCUGACACACUGAUUGAGAAGGCGCUGAAUGCUUACCAGAAAGAAGACGAGGUCACAGAGCAGCAGGGAGAGAAAUCCAAUGAGCAGCUGUUCACAGUCUCCUCAGCACUGCAGUCUGACCUUGACACUGAAAUGAAGAGUAGAGAGAGAAACAUAACUCUGUCUCCUUGGGCCGUACACGGCGGAGCUGUAGGAAAAGAGCUGGGGGAAGGCAACACCAUCUCUAAUGAACUGUUAGUGGAUAUUAUAGUAGAGGCUAUCAGGCAGGUUCCAGCUCAUUCAGGUUGGGUCCUAGACGGGUUUCCCGUGAACAUCACUCAAGCCUACCUGCUAGAGAAAGCCCUGGGUGGGUCUGUAGACGUAGAAUAUGGAGUCGAAAGCAGGACGAACCUUGCUGCUGACCCUAAUCCACCCAAACGUCCACCACCCCCAGUUCCUGUAUUGGACCUGGCUCUGCUGCUGGAUAUCCCUCCUGAGAGUGUGGUCAAACGUGCCUUUAGUCACACUGAUAUAGCUGUUGAUACAACUUCCAAUCCCACAGACAAAAGCUUGUAUCUGGCACAGAUUUCACACAGGAUCACAGCUUUUCAGGACACCUGGCCAAAACUAGAGACAUGGUUUGGUGGAAAGCAAAACAUUUUGGUCCAUAUUGAUGCGAAUGUAGACAAGGAAGAGCUUUACAAGAUGGUGCAAUCUGUUUUGAUCCAAAAACUGGAAGCUCUUGCCCCUCCUCCUGUUGAAGAUGUGCUGGGCAGUGGGGAAGCUCUGGGCUCCUCCUCUUCAGCCACACCUCCAUCUGUAGAUCAACUUCCAGCUCUCACAGAUGAAGUCCUUGGCCCCAGUGAGUCCUGUUCCAGCCUUAAUAAGGAAAAAGCUCUAAGUGUGAUGUUACUUCCCAAAUCCAACCCACACACACCCAGAGUACUGCAAUCUAGGAGGGCGUCAACUUCCUCAGUGUCCAGUGUCCCCAUGAACCCACCUGAGUCUGCUUCUCCAUACCCGGGGUCAUCUGGCUGGGUCUAUGUGGAUGAAUCACUUCCUUCAGAGAUCUCAGAGUACCUUUGUCCCCAUUGGGACACAAUGUGUGAUUCUUAUGUGAACAACAUAAAGACAGUGAUGCAGCAGCUCCGUACACAAAGCAUUGUUAUUAACCACCAUCUGUUUAACAUCAGAGAGGAAUUUAAGCAUUUCCUGGGGCAUCCAGAUUUGAAGCAGGAGUUAGUGUCUCAGUGGCAGAAGGACUUCAACAACAUACCUGAUGAUAUGAGAGAAGAUGAGGAUACCAAAGCAGAGCUGCAUCUAAGACUGGAUGAGCUGCGUAAACGUUUGUGGGAUAUUAGUGACAAGCGUAAGGAGCAGAACAAGCAAGAGAGGACUGCUCUCAUGUGUGAUGGCUGGUUGGAGGACCACACUGCUAUCCUCAUCAACCACCACUCCACACUCAUGCAGGUGGAGCUGGAUCGUUUCCAGGAGACACUGUGUAUUCUCAGGGUCUACUAUUUGAGCAUGUACAAUCAGGUGCUGCUUGAGCCACCCUCUGACUUUGCCUGCAUCCCCCUACUGGACACUGUAGAAAUGAAGGAGCAACACGAGAGUAGUAAGCCAGCAGACACAAGUGUGUAUGGUCAGAUGGAUGACAGUAAGGACAAGAAGAAAACAAAAUUUAUUACCGUCCUCCCCAGACAUCCUGACUCUUCUGGAGAGGUCUCCAAGAUGAACAACCAGGGUCAGCCUGAACCUGUCAAGCCAUCCAUUGAGAAGCUGAUCUUUGACUACGAGGAGAGACUCAGAGCCAUCAACAGAAUGAUGUUGGCAGAAGCCAACAAGAUGGAGAAGGAUGGGGCUCAGGAUAAAGAAGUCAUAAACAAAAUAAAUAAAGAAUAUUCAGCUGCACUGGAUCACGAGGAGAAUGCAGUAAAGGUGCGCAUUGCUCUGGUGAAAGGUCAUGGUCUGGUGAUGGUGCACUCCCUGCACAGCAGAGCAGAACAGACCUUUAGCAGCAUGGAGAAGUGGUUAGAAGCACAAUAUCUGGCAGAAAUGAAGAGUAUUGACCAAUUAUCACAAGUGGUUUGCCACCACAUAGAGGCUGGUACUAAGCUGCAGAAUGAGCUGGUGUUGGAAUGUACUGACUUCUGUCUGAAUGGAGACUGCCACAUGGUGGCUAGCCCUGUUGCCCCUCCCCGUCCACCUACUCUAGAGAAAGCCUUACGUUCCACUCCGACCAUCACUCAGCUAGAGUCGCUCCACCAACAGCUAUGCAAUGUUGCUCCAUCAGGCCUCAUGUCCAGUUUUGAGUUUUUCAGCUUGCUCAGGGAUAUCACCUCUGUUAACAUGGGCAGGAACAGCUUGCCUGAGCCCUGGCUCAACAAGAAUGAAACACAGUUGAUGGAGAUUGUGUCUCUGUUAAUGGAAGACUCUGAGCUGAUCGACUGGCGUCGGUUUCUGCUCAGUGCUGCCCUCCCUUGGCCGUUUCCCUCUUUAGCACAGCUGCUGGUGGUGCUAAGACGGUUCAAGGCAGCAGAUACUGGUGAUGUCGGCUAUAUAAAUGAGGAACAGUAUCUACAGACAGAGUUGUGGUUUUCCAGUGAGAAUGUCCAGACUGUCCCUGAAGACCCCUCUGAGCCUCUACCUUAUGACCGUCUGACUAACCUGCAUAAGUUCUUUUUCCAGUUGUUUGCAGACCACUCCUUCUCUCCCCCUCGACUGGACUACAUGUCCAUGUUGCAGUACUUUGCAGCUGACCCAAACCCCACACAGGGGUUUAUCAGAGCACUUAGUGUAGUGCUGGGACAGCAUCUCAAGCACUCUUUAUCAGACCAUCUUGUCAAGUCUAUGCCCAGUAUAGAUGAGGCUACAGAGCUCAGCUUCUCAGAACUUCAUGGAGAGUGCAAGGAAGAAGAGACUCUGUGUGCAUCAAGCAGUUUGCUGGGGGAACAGGAAGUGUCUAUACGUGCUCUACUUGCUGUCAUCUGCCACAAUGUCACUAAGAUGAAAGACAGCAACCCCCUUCCUCCAGGCUGCCUGAGUCAGGAGGAGCUCACUGAGCACCUGGUGCAUAUAUUCAGAGAGCUGGACUACCAGCCUGAGGACUGUGUUCCCUUCUCCGUUCUCUCUCAGCAUCCUUCCAUCCAGAGCCUAAUGGAGACCUCAACACACCUCCAGCUUGUAGACAUUCAUAGAUUGCUACUGGGACAUCAGAAUGAAGAAGAGACAGCUUCACAGUUUCCUAAAGAAUGAGACAUACAGUACAUAUACAUACUGCUGUCUGCGUCAAAAAAAAAACUUUAUCAGUAUUCUAAUUACUUUUGCUUUUGAAAUGUUUGAAUAAAUCAUUUUGCAACCAAA